AUGGGUGUCCAAGAGAGAAUUUCCACUGUCAAUUCACAUCUUACUAACAGUGCCAGUGGUGAUAUUGGUUUGAUUGGUUUGGCCGUCAUGGGCCAGAACUUGAUCUUGAAUGCUGCUGACCAUGGUUUUACUGUUGUUGCUUACAACAGAACGGUGUCCAAGGUGGAUGAGUUUUUGGACAAUGAAGCGAAGGGUAAGUCGAUAAUCGGCGCCCAUUCUAUUGAAGAGCUUUGUGCGAAUUUGAAGCGUCCUAGAAGAAUUGUGCUCUUGGUAAAAGCUGGUAAGCCCGUUGAUGCUUUUAUCGAACAAUUGUUGCCUCAUUUGGAAAAGGGCGAUAUCAUUAUCGACGGUGGUAACUCUCACUUUCCAGACUCAAACCGUCGUUUCGAAGAAUUGAAACAACAGGGCAUUCUCUUUGUUGGCUCUGGUGUCUCCGGUGGCGAGGAAGGUGCCCGCCAUGGUCCAUCCUUGAUGCCUGGUGGUCAUCCAGACGCGUGGCCUCACAUCAAGGACAUCUUUCAAUCUAUUGCUGCGAAAUCCGACGGUGAGCCUUGCUGUGACUGGGUUGGUGAUGGUGGUGCUGGCCAUUACGUGAAGAUGGUCCACAAUGGUAUUGAAUAUGGUGAUAUGCAAUUAAUUUGUGAAGCUUAUGAUCUCUUGAAAAGGGUCGGAAAGUUCACUAACAAGGAGAUUGGUGAAGUUUUUGCCAAAUGGAAUAAGGGAGUCUUGGACUCGUUUUUGAUUGAAAUCACCAGAGAUAUUAUGCAGUUUGAUGACCCAACUGAUGGCAAACCUGUCGUUGAAAAAAUCUUGGAUACUGCGGGCCAGAAAGGCACUGGUAAGUGGACCGCAAUUAAUGCAUUGGACUUGGGUAUGCCCGUUACUUUAAUUGGCGAGGCUGUGUUCGCUAGAUGUUUGUCCGCUCUUAAAGAUGAGAGAGUUAGAGCCGCAGACGUUUUGGAAGGGCCUUCGGUGGAAGGUGAAUCCCCCAUCACCGACAAAGAGAAGUUCGUUGAUGACUUGGAGCAGGCUUUGUAUGCUUCGAAAAUUAUUUCAUACGCUCAGGGUUUCAUGUUGAUCAGAGAGGCUGCCAAAGAGUAUAACUGGAAAUUGAAUAACCCAGCGAUUGCCUUGAUGUGGAGAGGCGGAUGUAUCAUUAGGUCCGUCUUUUUAGGUGAGAUUACUUCUGCCUACAGAGAGAACCCUGAUUUGGAGAACUUAUUGUUCCAUCCUUUCUUCCAAAAAGCUGUCACUAAAGCCCAGCUGGGAUGGAGAUCGACUGUUGCUAAGGCUGUCGAAUAUGGUGUGCCAGUGCCUGCUUUUACCACGGCCUUAUCGUUCUACGAUGGUUACAGAUCUGCGAAGCUCCCUGCUAACUUAUUGCAGGCUCAAAGAGACUAUUUUGGUGCUCAUACGUUCCAAGUCUUGCCCGGUGAGGACAACGACUUCUUGAAGAAGGACCAAUGGGUACAUGUCAACUGGACAGGCAGGGGUGGAAACAUCUCUGCAUCGACUUAUGAUGCUUAA